ACCAUGAAGCUUCUGGUUGUAUCAGUGUUAGUGGCAGCAGCGUCUGCAGCGCUCCAGUCUUAUUCUGCUCCAGAAGCAGGGCAAGCUGGACACCAUGGCGGUGUUCCACUCCCAGCAGCGGUUGGACAUUCUGCUGGUGCUGAUCACUCUGUCGGUUCUGGACUCUCAGUUGGUGAUGGACACUCAGCUGGUGCUGGAGUUGGUGUUGGUGCCGGACACUCUGGCUUUGUAGCAGCAUGCAGAGAAGGUGAAAUACUUCACGUAGAUGGUACCUGUGUCACCCCAGAAAUUAAUCGAAAAGUGUACGUCUUCAAUGUGCCUGAACAACCUAGGGAACCCAGUGGUCCACCGCCUAGUAUUCCUCCACCUCGUGUUGAUCACAAUAUUCUCUUUGUAAAGCUGCCAGAAGAAGGACCAGGUCCUGAACCCAUCGUUCUUCCUCCACCGAGGACACAAAGCAUCGUGUACGUCCUCAACAAGAAGACUGAAGAGGGUCAGCGUGUGAUCGAAGUACCAGCUCAUCCUCAGACCGAUCCUGAAGUUUACUUCGUCAACUAUCAAGACGGAGAAAAUCCGACUCUUCCCAUUGGUGUCGACCUUCAGACUGCUCUCGGUGCAGCUGCUGCAACGAGCGGUCAAGUCCUCGGUGGUGCCGGAGGCCUUGGUGGAUUUGGUGGAGCUGCAGGUGCUGCUGGAUUUGGUGGAGCCGCGGGUGCUGCCGGAGGACACGGGGGAGGUCAUUUUAACGGAGGCUUCGUGAUUGGGGAUGGCAGCGAUGAAGUUACCAACGGAUUUAGUAGCGGAAUUGAUGAUCCAUCAACGCUAUAUAGAACUCCAUGAACACAUGAAGGAAAACAGCACCGUUCAACAAAGAAACACUCAAAAAAUGUUGUUAAUAAAAAUAUAUGUUCAUUUUACAA